AUGGACCCAUUUGAAACCAACGUUCAGUCAUCUCCAGUAAAAGUUUUGCAAUUAGCCAACGAUAUAUUUUUUGUAAAUGGGAGGAAACCAGCGAGAAAAUUAUUAAUCCUUGCACAUGAAGGAAAUUCAUCAGAUUUAGUUGCUGAAACUAUCGAAACGAGGUUUUCUUUAUGA